AUUUGGUCACGUGUCACUUUUGAACACGAGGUUAUAUGUCACGUGACCGCGCACCACGCUUGGGAAGAAAAAAUGGCGGACGCAAGUCAGUACAGUUACUCAACAUCGGCAGGGCAGCCAGCCAGCUACUCCUACGGGAGUUACGGCACAUCAACAGAUGCCACUUCUUACCAACAACAACAACCAGCAGCAGCAGCAACAUAUGGACAACAGCAACCAGCAGCCUAUGGUCAACAGGGAUACACUGGUUAUGAUCAGAGUGCUUAUUCACAGGCCCCACAGUCUGCGGCCACAACACAACCUGCUUCAUAUACUGCACCAGAAAGUUAUGGUCAAAGUUCAGCAGGACAACCACAAGCUUAUGGUUCAUAUGGACAACAGGGUUACACCCAACCUGCCAGCACAGACUAUAGCCAGUCACAAACGACACCCUCUUACUCGUCAGGUUCAUAUGGCGGUCAACAGAGUUACGGUUCAUCUUCCUACGGUGACAGCUCGCAACAGUCUUAUGGUCAACAGUCAGGUUACCAGCAGCAGCAGCAACAACCAGCAACAAGUCCAACUGCUUCAUAUGGCCAGCAGGGUUAUGGUGGUGGACAGCAAUCAUCAGGGGGUUAUAACUCUGGUAGCAGUGGAGGGGGCGGGGGGUCUAGUUACGGUGGGGGAUCCAGUUAUGGUGGAGGAUCACAGUCCAGCUACGGAGGUGGUGGUGGCGGAGGAGGGGGCGGCGGUGGCGGCGGCGGUUCCUACGGUGGCCAUGGUGGAAGCUCCUAUGGAUCAGGCAGGGGUGGCGGCAGCUCAUAUGAUGACAGACGUAACAACCGAGGAGGUGGCGGAUCAAGCUAUGGCGGAGGUCGCGGAGGUUACAACAAAGGUUUUGGUGGUGGUAAGUCCACGGUCAUGGCUAGCAUGACUUAUUACAGUUUCUCUUAUCUUAUUACCACUGUAUACUUGUGUUAGUUUGUCUCACACUCGUUUAGGGUCCAUUUACUGUAGUCGUUUUGGGUACAGGGUCCAUCCACUUAAGCAAGUCACUUUAGGUUGAAAAUACAUAAAAGCCACAUCACAUAUUUAGUGAUAAAAAACAUAGAAGGAAGGUGUAUUUUUACUUUCUAAAGAGGGACAAGAGUGCCAGUGUUAAAAAUACUGGCUGCAGUGUGUCCUGUAUUUAAUUAUUUUUUAUAUAUAUAUAUAGUAUUAAUAUAUUUAUUUAUUUAUCACUUAUCCAUCAAACAAAUGUGAAUGUAUCUACAUUUUUCCUUACCAUUUAUCUUGCGGCAACAAAGGAAGAAAAGGAAGACUGCUGUUACUAUUAGUCUAUGUGAAGAAGUUGCAAUGUAGUAGUUAUUUUCUCCGGAUGUAUAUGUAUAUAGCAAAUUUGGUAAAUAAUUUAGAUCAGCUUGUAUAUCAAGGUAAAGAAAUAUGGGGAAAUUUGAUUCAGAUACUUGUGUUAAAAAUGAUUUUUUUUUUUGAUUUUUUUUUUUGAUUUUUGAGAAUUGGUAAUAUUUCCUGAAAAGUGUUCAAAUUGGAUUUGAAUUUUAAAUGCAUAUUCAAUAAGCAACAUACAUUAUUCACUCAUUCAACUUUACCAUCAUGUGGUGAUUUUUUAUCAUUAUUAUUAUUGAAUGUCAUCAUUUACUAUGUAUUUAUCUCAACUUCUUAAGAAGUAUUUAGUAAGUUCAAUUAAUAAGCAACUCAAUUAUGUGCAAUAUUGGAUCAUAGAUGUACAGACCAAGUUAAAGUUAAGAGAAGAUUUUUUAUACUUCCUGGCCAACAUGAAACCAUGGUGUAUUUUCAAGAAUUGACACUGAUCCCUCAAUAGUUUUUCGAAUUGCCUAUAUAUUUAACACUUUUAAGGCUUAUUCAAUCUGGAAUUUUUUUCUGCUUUUGCCAUUUUUUCUCUCAAAAUAUUCAAUACCAUGAGACAAUCCGCAGACAUAAAUUCAUGAAAUAAGUGGAUUUGCUUUCAGUGAUUUUUUCAAAGAUUUAAAAAAAAAAUAUUAAGUGAAAACUAACAUCAGUUCAGCUAUCUUUAAUAUUAUUCUUGGCUUAGAAGACCACCCGAUAUAUUGAUUUAGAAUUACCCAGAAAGUGAGUAAUUGGAAUGAGAGAUUCGUUGGUGGAAGAAGGUAUUUCACAACCUAAUUGUAUAUUCAUCCAGUAGAAAAAUUACCAAGUUGUAGCAUUGUGAAAUUUAAUACCUGGUAAUCAUGUUUCAAAAAUGUGAUCAGUCUUCUGCUCAAGUAAUUCCUGCAUUUGAAUCCUACAUUUGAUGAAUAUUAUCUUAGGUUGCUAUAAAACCCAGGUGAUGAAUGUGCGAGUAUUUUAUGAUUGCAUUGCUUAAUGUUAAUAUGCUUGUCAUGUGUGUUUAUAACUAUUUGUUAUGAAAUGUUUAGCAUUCAAUAUGUACAACGUUCACCAGCAACUUAUAAUUGCAAAGGUUUAAAAAAAUGUUAGAAAAGUAGAGGUAAAUACAAGAUUAAAUGACUACAUUGUGCUAUGUUGCAAGGUGUAUCAGAAAUGGUAAAAUGUCUACAAGAGAUACAAAAAUGUCUUAAAAAAAAUAAAAAAAAUAUAUAGUAUUCAGGUCCUCGGGAUUAAAAUUGAAAUGUGGUUUGGUUUGAUGUGCCCACAUGUUGGGCUCAUGUUACCUGUAAAAUGUACAAACUGACCCAUGACUUAAGUCAUCGAAAUGUGUCAACUUUUCAUGGUCUUAAGAGUAAAUGUUAAGGUGUAAAAAGACCUGUCAAUUGACAAGAGAAAAGUGAAAAAUUGGCUGCUAAUGUUUGGAUAAUUGGUCAGGUAUAAACCAUAGAAAUAUGUGGAUAAUCCUGAACAACCCAUUAAUAUGUGUGGAUAUAAACGGAUACAUACCAUUUAAAUGUGUGGAUAUAUUCGGGUACAUUCCAUUAAAAUGUGUGGAUGACUUGGUACAAACCAUCAAAAUGUGUGGAUGAUUGGGUAAAAAUCAUAAAAAUGUGUGGAUAUAAUUGAGAACAAACCUUAAAAUGUGUGGAUGAUUGGGAACAAACCAUUAAAAUGUGUGGAUGAUUGGGUACAAACCAUUAAAAUGUGUGGAUGAUUGGGUACAAACCAUUAAAAUGUGUGGAUGAUUGGGAACAAACCAUUAAAAGGUGUGGAUUGGGUGCAAACCAUUAAAAUGUGUGGAUAAUCUUGUACAAACCAUUAAAAUGUGUGGAUAAUCUUGUACAAACCAUUAUGUUUGGAUAUAAUCCAAGACAUGCCAUUAAAAUGUGUGGAUGAUUCAGUACAACCCAUUAAAAUGUGGGUUAUCUGGUACAAACCAUUAAAAUGUGUUAAUUUCUGAGGUUAGGGUGAACACUCAGAUUCUUAGCUAGCUGAAACUGGAGAAUUGACUUACUGAUACUGUUGUAAAUAAAAAUUGUAUUCGUGACUGAGAUCUGUUAAAUCUUGUCCAGCCUCUGGUGGUAUGUGUUUACAGUGUUGUACAUUGGGGUUUAUAAACCAAUGCCUGGCUACAGAGUCAACAUUUGAUCUUAACAUUUAAAAGAAAUGGUUGGCUUUACUGUAGUCUGUUGGCUUGUAAAGGUGUUUUUUUUUCUUGAAUUGGAUAAAAGUUAAAAGCUGAGAGGGCCAGAUUGUGAGUAUGGAUACAAAGAAUGGUUUUAUACGGUGAAGAAGCUGGAUGUGUCCAGUCACAGUAGUGAAUGAUAUAUUGACUUAUCAGUCUUCAAACCAUUAGAAUUUAUAGUAUCACAUUAAGAGUCAAGAAAAUAGUACAAAUGUUAUUUGCGAAAGGUUUGCAACAGGGAUUGUGUUAUGAUGUAUCAACACAUCCAUAGGAAGAAGAUGACCAAAAUCUACAAGUGUUGCUGGUGUGCAAAGUGUGGAAAAAUAGGUUUACCUAACAAUGUUUAAAGAGAUAAAAAAAGUGGGGUUAGACAGAUUGACUAUCAAAAUGGUUGAAAAAGUCUUGCUGGUGUUCAUAGUGUCAGCAAUGUUGCAAAUUUCAAAAAUGGUUUACCAAUGUCUAAAAAAAAGUCUGAAAAAAGGGAAAAGAAAAAAGAAGGGUUCAGAGUUUAAAAGAGGUAAUAAGAACAGUUGACCACUGUUAAGAUAAGAAAAGGUGGUUAUUCAGAUUGAUAAUCAAAAUGGUUAUAAUCGUAUUGCUGGUGUGCAAAUUGUCACCAAGCACUUUACAAAUUAAAAAAAAAAGUCGGAAAAGGUUUACAAAUGUUGAAAAAGGUUUACAAAUGUAAAAAAAAAAGGUGAAAAAGUUUAACAAUGUUAAAAAUGUUGAAGGUUUACAAAUGUUUAAAAAAGUUGAAAAAAGUU